AUGUUUUGGGUCCUCGCCGCGGUGCCAUUCUUUCUUUUCCUGUUCUCUGGCUCGGCACUUUCGCAAUCGACCCCAAAUCGUUCCAUAGAAUGGUUUCCUUGCACCCUCGAUAUUGAAGGCACGCCCUCGACUUGCGGAACCCUAGCAGUGCCACUAGAUUAUACAGAGCAGGGCUCUGAAAGACUCCUUAAUCUGUCGCUUAUCAAGGUGAACGCGACCAAAGAACCUUUCAAAGGUAGUGUUAUGUUCAAUCCAGGCGGACCAGGCUAUCCCGUGCGAUCUAUCCUUGCUGGUAGGAGUGGGGAGUUUUUCCUUAAUGGAACUGGAGGGAACUUCGAUCUGAUCUCUUUCGACCCUCGUUGUUAUGACAGUUCUGUCGACCUGCAAAAUAUUCUACUUCUAACCCCUUUGUCGUCGCUUUCGUCUGAUACAGCAGUGGGAACGGCCUGGGCAUAUAAGAGAACCUUAGCCGAAACUUGUUAUGAGAACAGAAAGGAUAUUGGUGAUCUAAUCGGCACUGCAUUUGUUGCUAGGGAUAUGAUGCAGAUCGUGGACGCGUUAGGCGAAGAUGGAAUGCUUCGAUACUGGGGAUUCUCCUAUGGAUCAGUUUUGGGUGCAACUGUAGCAGCUAUGUUCCCGGAUCGAAUGGACAAGGUAGUCUUAGAUGGAGUGCUGAAUCUACAUCAAUACUAUGCCGGACGAGAUGUCGAACAACUUAUAGCAGCAGAUGAGUCUUUUAAUGGCUUUAUUGAAGCUUGUGUCUCAUCACCAGAGACAUGUAUUCUGGCUCGCGAAGGUAUCACUGCCCAGACCCUCUCUACUGAGAUCAAUCAGUUACUAGAGACCAUCAAGUAUAGACCUCUUGGUCUUGGGAGCAACAAUACCAACGAUGUUGUUGAAUAUGACUUGACAGAAGGACUUAUUAUCAACGGUCUGCGAACCCCUUCAACCAGCUGGCCAGCUCUUGCGGGAUAUUUUGAUGCAAUCCUGAAAAGAAACCUGACCGCCUAUCACGAAUUUCGUGAUACACUGCUCGGGGGAAGUAUUUCGGCCGCAUUUGCAGUUGAUGCGAAUCCUGGAAUUCGAUGUAGUGAUGUUUCUUUGCGAACUGAUAAUUUGACUGGUCUUCUCCCGCUUAUUGAAGAGUUUCAAAACACAAGUCGAUUUGGCGGUGGUAUAUUGGCUGUUGCUCAACCUAUCACGUGCGCACAAUGGAGAUUCCAAGCAAAGGAGCGAUAUGAAGGUGACUUUCAAGUACAGACGAAGAAUCCGAUAUUACUUGUGGGAAGUCCAUUCGACCAUAUUACACCAUUGGCAUCUGCACAAAACCACUGCUCUAUUGGCCAGCCUUCACUUUGCACAUACAAAGCAAUCCGAGAAUACUUUAUUAAUGGAACGCUGCCAGACACAGGAACCCAGUGUGAUCCUGAUGUUACAGACUUUGGCAAAUCGUCAUCGACCUUGAGUAAGAGAGCCGCACAAGAUAGCGAAGAUGCAGUGCUUCUCAAUGCAGCUCUCUCUGUGAGUCAAGACCUGCUCCAAAGAUUUAGGCUCUUCUGA